AUGCAGUGCUUCCGGAGGCAGCCGAAGCUCAGCGUCUCCCAGGAAAACCUGCAGCAGGAGCAGAGCCGCAGGGUGGCCGCGCUCAACGGCACCAGGCUGGGCCUGAAAGAUGACAAGGAUCUUAAGUUCCUUCUGAAAGGCAGCCAGCUGAUCAAAGUGAAAUCGGGUUCUUGGCAAAAGCAGCGGUUUUACAAGCUACAAGAGGAUUGCAAAACCAUAUGGCAGGAAUCAAAGAAGAUGCUGAGGACCCCAGAAUCACAGACCUUCUCCAUUGAAGAUAUUCGGGAUGUGAGGUCAGGCCAUAAAACAGAAGGUAUGGAAAAAUACGCCAAGAAUAUCCCAGAGCAUCUCUGCUUUUCCAUCGUUUUCAAAGACCAACGGAAAAACCUGGAUCUCAUUGCAAAUUCGGAGGAUGAUGCCAACCACUGGAUCACCGGCCUUGGGAAAAUCAUAGCCCACAGCAACUCUAUGAACCAGAAACAGAAGCUCCAACACUGGAUUCAUAGUUGCCUGCGGAAAGCUGAUAAAAACAAAGACAACAAGAUGAGUUUGAAGGAACUCAAGAACUUCCUGAAAGAAGUAAACAUCGAAGUCAAUGACUAUCAUGCCAAAAAGAUUUUCCAGCAUUGUGACAAGUCCAAAACAGAGGCUCUGGAGGAUGAGGAGAUAGAGGAAUUUUACAAGAUACUGACAGAGAGGAAGGAAAUAGACAACAUCUUCCAAAAGUAUGCAGAUGCUGAAGGGUUCAUGUCCUGCCAGAAUCUUGUGAGGUUCCUCUAUGAGACACAGCAAGAAGAAGAUGCUGUUGUUGCUGCCCCUGCCUUAAUUCAGAGAUAUGAACCAAAUGAAAGAGCCAAAAGAGGUAAUGCCAUGACCAAGGAUGGUUUCCUGAUGUACCUGCUGUCUGAAGAUGGGAAUAUAUUCAACCCAUCUCACAGUAAAGUUUACCAGGACAUGACUCAACCACUCAGUCACUACUUGGUGUCAUCCUCACACAACACCUAUCUCAUGGAAGACCAGCUGACAGGUCCAAGCAGCACAGAAGCCUAUAUCAGAGCCCUCACCAAAGGUUGCCGUUGUGUGGAACUGGAUUGCUGGGACGGCCCUAACUCGGAGCCUGUCAUUUAUCAUGGCUACACUCUCACCUCCAAGAUCCUCUUCAGUGAUGUCAUUAAGGCCAUCAAGAACUAUGCUUUCAAAACUUCACCAUACCCUGUCAUCAUCUCCCUGGAGAACCACUGCAGCCUUGACCAGCAGAAGGUCAUGGCUCAGCACAUGACGACAAUCCUGCAGGACAUGCUCUUGGUCGUACCGAUAGAUGGAAACAGAUCCCACUUCCCCUCUCCAGAGCAAUUAAAAGGGAAGAUCCUUGUGAAAGGGAAGAAGCUGAGCAGGCAAGAGGAUCCCACUGGAACAAACGGGAACAAUAACUUGGAGGCUGAGGAUGUCUCUGAUGAAGAUGAAGCAGCUGAAAUGGAAGAUGAGUCUGUAAAGACGGAAGUGGAGCAGAAGGGGAAGAGUGACACCUUGAAGCUGGCCAAGGAACUGUCAGACACAGUUGUCUACUGCAAGAGUGUCCAUUUCAAUGGCUUUGGAGACCCCAAUCACCCUCGGGCUUUCUAUGAGAUGUCAUCGUUCUCAGAGAGCAAAGCUCUGAAGCUAGCUCAGGAAUCUGGAAACAGUUUUAUUCAUCACAAUAUCAGGCACCUGAGUCGGAUCUACCCUGCAGGCUGGAGGACAGAUUCCUCCAACUAUAACCCGAUCGAUUUGUGGAAUGUCGGAUGCCAGAUCGUGGCCCUAAAUUUCCAGACAGCAGGCACAGAAAUGGAUGUCUACCAGGGUCGGUUCCAGGACAAUGGGUUUUCUGGAUAUGUCUUAAAGCCAGAAUUCCUCCGGGAUGAGCAAACCACAUUCAAUCCAAAAUCCAUCACAGAAGGAACAUGGGGAACAAGGAAGAAACUUCUGCUUAAAAUCAUCUCUGGUCAGCAGCUGCCCAAGGUGAACAAAAGCAAAAACUCCAUUGUUGAUCCUAAGGUAACGGUUGAGAUCCAUGGCAUUCAGCAAGACAACAACAAGAAACAGACUAAAGUCAUUGAAAACAAUGGCUUUAACCCCAAGUGGGAUGAAGAGUUUAUGUUUGAUGUAGAGAUUCCUGAGCUUGCCCUCGUGCGUUUUGUGGUAGAAGACUUUGACAUGUCAACCAAGAAUGACUUCAUUGGGCAGUACACCCUUCCCUUCACUAGUCUGAAGCAAGGUUACCGCCACAUCCAUCUUCUAACUAAGAAUGGGGACCCGUACUCCUCCUCCACCCUCUUUGUGUACGUCGAUAUCCAGGACUGUGAUUAGCGGCUCAACACUUUCUGGGCGCAGUGAAGCCUGUUACAGACCUAGAAGAACCUCAGCGUGCGACGUCUCGUGCGAUAUUUACCUACAGCGGGAUCCCGUCAAGUCCCCAGUGCCUUCUCCAGAGCAACAUGUGGUGCCCCAUAGGGCCCGUGAUGUGAAAUAGCCAUCGAACCUCUCCCUUCUGUGUGCUGGAAACAUCCUAUUGGGAUUGUUGAGAAUAAUCAUUUUGUACCUGUUCCAUCAAUCCAGACAUGUUUUUAGUUCACUUUAAUUCAUGUGAUUUUUAAUUCUGCUUUUAGUGAGAGCAUAGGGACUCCUUUUUAGCCGAAGAAACAGCUCUUGGGUUGAGUUUGGGCAGUCAUCUGGACAAAACACCUAACACUUGUGCCAAAAAGCACACCCUACCCCUGGAACCCAGCAGUCAGAAACCAGUGGACUUCACACUACUGCAGAUGUUGCUAUACAAAGUCCCAAACAGGGACAAAGCUUUCUUAAAAGAGAAAGCUGCACUACACAGGCCCCCGUUGUAUAACUUGACUCACCUUUUGUAUUACAAUAAAAAAUACAUGAACACUACUCUGCCUGUGUGCCUGGCUCUCAGCCAGGUUGCAGUGCAUUCAAAGCCUGGCUCCAAAUCUGUGAAGGAGAAAGGAGCCACCAAAUGGCAGAUUUCCCUCUAACGCAAAGUGAAACCCACUCAGAGAGACCUCAGAGAAUGUCUUUUACAACUGACAGUGGAAAUACACUGAACUGACAG